ACGUAUCCUAGUCUUCAAAACACCCAAUUUGCUGCUGUGAUGCUGCAGGAUCGUCAUGUACGAUCGUCCACGUAGGUGCUGGCGGUAUGAUGAGCUUCACGCCUCUCAGGCGCUUGAAGCAGAGCCCUUGGUGACACUGCGGCAGCGCCCGUCACUGCAGGAAGAGCAACAGCGUCCAGUACCCCGCCAGGCCGUUGAGCAGAGUUCACCGCCCUUAGCCUCGGGGCGUCGUACUGAGAGAUGAACGGCUGUAUAAAGACCUUCUCUUAACGACAAGAUCCCCGACAGUAUUUCCGGGUUUUGCAGACAGCCGAAGCAUCUUGUUUAUUCUGCCGUGCUG